AUGGAGGAACUUAUAAAGGCUUUCGGCGCGUCUAAUAACAUGAGACUGAAAUGGCCAUCAUGGGAUCAAACGCAAAGCGCAUUGACCAGAAAGAAGAUAAUCAAAAAUGAAACCGACACGAAAUUGGCCAAAGUUUUGACUACGUUCGAUCUCACUGCCUUAGGAAUCGGCAGCACCUUGGGCGUCGGCGUCUACGUCCUCGCAGGAGACGUGGCCAGGAACACGGCAGGUCCUGCCGUCAUCAUAUCCUUUUUCAUAGCGGCGGUCACUUCAGUACUAGCAGGUUUGUGCUACGCUGAAUUCGGAGCUCGAGUACCAAAGGCUGGUUCAGCGUACGUGUAUAGUUACGUUUGCAUUGGGGAAUUUUUCGCUUUUAUCAUAGGAUGGAAUUUGAUAUUGGAGUAUCUUAUAGGUUCUGCAGCCAGUACCAAAGCAAUAUUUUUAUACAUAGACGAAUUAGCCAACAAGACAAUGGCCAGUUUCUUCGAAGAAAACAUGCCGCUCAGCGGCAACCAGAUCUCCCAUUAUGCCGACAUAUUUUCAUUAGCUUUAGCCAUCGCAUUCUCGAUUGCCCUCGCUUGCGGCGCCAAAGAAUCUUCAGUGAUAAAUAAUAUAUUUACGUUCGUUAAUUUAACAGUUGUGAUUAUUGUGAUUGUAUCAGGCCUUUGGAAAGUUGAUAGCCGAAACUGGAAUAGAACUAAAGUUGAAGCCGGUGGUAAAGGCGAUGGGGGAUUCAGCCCCUAUGGGAUAAAAGGUAUAGUGAAAGGAGCGGCUCGAUGUUUCUACGGCUUCAUUGGAUUCGAUUGCAUCGCCACGGCAGGCGAGGAGACUAAGAACCCGCAGAAAUCCAUCCCCAUUGGAGUGGUGGCGUCGCUGAUGAUCGUGUUCUUUUCUUACUUCGGCAUGUCUCUGGUGAUGACUAUGAUAUUGCCCUAUUAUGAACAGGACGAAAAUGCCCCAUUGGCUUAUAUUUACGCUAGAUUAGGUUGGACCGCGCUAAAAUAUAUCGUUAGCAUCGGUGCCAUUUGCGCACUAUUUUCUAGUUUGCUGGGAGCGAUGUUUCCUCUACCUAGGAUAAUUUACGCCAUGGCGAAUGAUGGUCUGAUUUUCAAGCCUUUAGGAAAAGUGCACUCUCAUUUCCACACGCCUUUAAUGGGUACACUCAUUGCAGGAGCUCUGACGGGAACGCUGGCGUGCUUAUUGGAUCUCAAUAAAUUAACUGAAAUGAUGUCCAUUGGGACUUUAUUGGCGUACUCCAUGGUAGCCGCUUGCAUUUUAGUACUUAGGUAUCAUCCGGAAUCGACUGAAAAAGAAAUGGUAGUUCCUCCCGCUCUAUACGUGAGACAAAUUUUCAACAGGAAAACUCAGGAGCCUUCGAAACUGACCGGCGCCGUGGUGACGUGGGAGAUCAUCGUGUUUUUUAUGUUUUCGUUCAUUACAUCCGGAAUUAUGACUUUUUUCGAAGACGCUCUCUUCUCAGGCGAAAUCUGGGUGCUAGCAGUUUGCUCGGUUUUGAUUGCGAUUUUGGUGUUUUUGAUGGUUUUAGUCAGUUUCCAACCAACAACUAAGUUGAGCAGCGGGUUUUCUGUGCCUCUUAUACCGUGGAUACCAGGACUUAGUAUAUUUACGAAUAUUUAUUUAAUGACACACAUUCAAAAGGACACCUGGAUUAAAUACGGCUACUGGAUGGUGAUCGGUCUAGUGAUAUAUUUCGCGUAUGGUCUUUGGCAUAGUAUGGAACGUAAUAAGGACGAGGAGCAAACGAGGGCACUAAAUCGCCAACACGAAGAAAAUACGUAA